GCCCACCACCUACUGCCAAACAUACCCUAAUGUGUACUACAAGAAAUUCGCGGGACUGUCUCUUUUUAAACUGAAAUAGUCGAUAUAUGAGGGGGGUGUAAUAAGUGUAUUUGUCCCGAUUAAGUCAAAUGUCAGAAUUAGAACCAUAGAGGUCGUUAUAAAAUGGGCAUGAUUAUGUGGAAGGUAGCAUCAUGAAAAGUUGAGUUUUAAAAAAACUAGUCAUCGAUUUAUAAAAUAAUAACUAUUUACCCGAGAGAGCCAGAGUUGAUCUGGUAAAGUCGUUUCUGUGUAACGAGCCGAACAGUUCGACAUUAAUGGCUGAAUAGUAUUUUGUCUGAACAGAGUGUUAUUUGUUUGGCUCAUUUAGGCAUUUGAGAAAAACUUGAAUCAUGGCAAAUAUUCAACGUGCUAGACGUAUACCUAAUGCAAAUGGAAACGUGUUAAUUGAAAACUGGGUUGAAGAACGAGCCACGACACAUUUAGAUCAUGAGCCAGUUUACCAGACGAACGUUAGUACUAAUAAACCGGCACGAGGUAAAAAAGACAGUCAUAUUGGCUUGUUAACGCAAGAUUUUAGCUCGGCAAUGGAUAAUGAAACAACCUAUAGAGAAUAUUAUAAUAAAUUUGGACCAUUUGAGAAAAAAGAUCAAGGAGCACGUAGUCGUUUAAUGGAAAGUAAAAUCACGCGGGAAGUUGUUCGGGAAUUAAAUGCAAGACAACAGGAAAAGGAAAGACUUCAGACAGAAGAACGCAAUAAAAUAAAUAGUGAAUAUAGAGAACAAUUUCAUCGUGAAUUCGAAUCUAAAUGUCCACCAACCACACAGCCACAUGAUCUUUAUCAAGAAAUGCCAGUGUCUUUUUGGACAGAACAUCGCCGAACAGCACCGGGUGUUUCACAAUUGAAAACAUUCGGUAGUCCAUUUCAUAAAAACGCAAGCUUCAGUACACCAGUUGAACUUAGUUUCGAAUCUGCUAAACCAAACGAUAUGGAAAAUUAUCCAAGUUUUGCUCAAAAAUCAUUAAAUGAUGUAAAAAUAUGCUAA